AGUAAACGUGUAAAAUUACAAAUUGAACGCAAUUCUUCUUAAUUUCUUUCAGAAGUCUGUGUGUGCAGAGAAAGUGAAAGUUGAGGCACAGAGAAGAACAGAAAAAAGUGAUUCAAUAUGGUUUGCUUGGCAUGUUUAUUGCCGCUCUUCCUCGUUCCCAUCGUAAAUGUCUUGCCCCUCCUAUUCGAUUUUAUCAUGGGCAAAGUGUAUAAGCUUUUUGGUUGGGAGUACAGGAAGCCGGAAAGGGCUCCACCUGCUUGUCCAUACAAACCCGCUGCUUCCAAGGUCACCAAAGUAGGGGAAGAAAUCGGAACACAACCUCUUGACCAGACACUGGGAACAGAUCAUAAUAAGCAUGACUGAGAAUGCAACUCCAAUCAUUAAAAUUAUAUACUUUAUGCCUUCCAAUAUUUUCCUAACUCUGUGCUGCAUAGUGCAACUUUUCUGUCAUUCGUUUGGGUACAAGAGAGCUUUGAGACAGUAAUAAGAUAAGGUUUAAUUCUAUGAUUCUGGUGAUUUUGGUCAGAGUAACAAAGGAACACAUUUUUUAAAGAGUCCAAACACUACUUGUUUGCUGGAAAUAUAAAUGGAAACAGUUGUGCCAGA